GUGGAUCGUGUUAACCUCCCUUGUGUUUUUAUUUUUACAGAGCUGACCCUGAACCCCCCAGAAGGGAUAGUAGCAGGUCCCAUGAAUGAAGAGAACUUCUUUGAAUGGGAAGCUCUGAUUAUGGGUCCUGAAGACACCUGUUUUGAGUAUGGGGUUUUCCCUGCUAUUCUGAGCUUUCCACUCGACUACCCGUUAAGUCCUCCGAAGAUGAGGUUCACGUGCGAGAUGUUCCAUCCGAACAUUUACCCAGAUGGGAGAGUUUGCAUCUCUAUUCUUCAUGCUCCUGGGGAUGAUCCCAUGGGAUAUGAGAGCAGCGCUGAGCGGUGGAGUCCUGUGCAGAGUGUGGAAAAGAUCCUCUUGUCGGUUGUUAGCAUGCUGGCAGAGCCAAAUGAUGAAAGUGGAGCCAAUGUAGAUGCUUCCAAGAUGUGGCGGGAAGACAGAGAACAAUUUAACAAAAUUGCCAAGCAGAUUGUGCAGAAGUCACUUGGACUUUAAGCUUACAAAGAGACUGAAGUGUUUUGUAUUUCUCUCCACCUGAAAAUGAGCAGUGCUCAGUGCUGGUACCAAAAAGGAAAACUUUGCAAAACUAUUGGCCUAAUUCUUAUCAUUCAUUAUUUAUUUACCAUCUCUUUUCUUCUUCCACUGCUCCAGAGAAGCCUCUAGUUCACUCACUAAAAUAUGUGGAAAAGGGAUUUAAUACUAGGGAAAAAUAUGGAGACAAUGCUGUUUCAAAGGCUGCUUGUUGCUACCUCACUUCAUGGUAAGGAAAGCUUGGAGACUUUGCAGUCCGCAGC